AUGAGAAUAUAUUUUCUGAUCCUUAUUUCUUCCCUGAUCAUCACCAGCGAAGCGCAAAACGGCGGAUUUUCUGUGAGCAAUGAAGCCAGAGUCAUUUACAAUUACGCAAAAUCGCAUCAAGAAUUCUGUGGAUUGGCGCACUGUCGCGACUGCUUGACAUUGCUGCGAAAGGAGAGCCAAAUCUAUGGAUCUGAAGCGUUGCAACGGCAAGGCUACUGGACUUGCACUGUCAUCUGGCUCUGGAACGACUGCUGCCCGAAAUGGGCCGAGACUGUAGUUCAAAUGCUCUGA